GCUGAGGCUGCAGGGGACGGGGAGAGAUGGGGCCGUGCGUCCGCCGGCACCGGGCUGCGGGGCGUGGAGCAGGUGCUAAUGUGUGGCCUGGGAAUGGGGAGACAGUGCUGGGAGCGGGGAACGAGAGCUGGGUUGCAAGGAGCAAAUCCUGAAUUGCGUGGAGCCAGCCCCGAAUUGCAAGGAGCCAGCCCUGGGUUGCAAGGAGUGAGCCCCACAUUGCAAGGAGUGAGCCCCAAAUUGCAGGAGCCAUCUGUGUGGCAGAGGCCUGCACUUGCUGGCCCCAGAGCUGGGUCCUGCCCAGGUGGGAGCCUAUCCCUGCACAGCCCCUGGUACCCACAGCCCCCUUCUCCCACUGCCCGUGAGGGUGGUGGGUGUCUGGUUGGGUCUCACAGCACAAGGUGGGCAGAACACCCAGCAAAUCUGCACAGGGUGUUUGGGGGGGCUGUGGGGGCAACCGAGCUGCCCUCGAAAUAGGUGGGUCCAACAGGCAGGACCUGCUUGAUCACCCCUCUGUCUCCACAUGGCUGGCCCGGGCAGUUCCACAACACUUCCAGACACUGGCAGGCUCGUCCCCUCCCAGCACCCCAUCCCAGCACCUGGGAAUGCUGAAAACAUGGGGCAUGAGGGCUGGCAGUGCUCCAGGGCCGUCCAGGAUCCAUUGCCUGCAGGGUCAGGAGCAGUGCGGGGCGCAGUAGGGAGCCCAUUCAAUUGCUUGGGAGCCACACGAAAAUGUGGAGUGAUUGUCACAGCCCCAGCGACUGUCACAGCUUAAUAAUGAGCGGGCAGAGGGGGUGGAAGUACAGCCUGUCUCUGUAUCAUUUUGCAGCUGCCGUUGCAGCGGGUGUCGCAGUGGAAUGAAAUGGGGCAAAGAGAGCCUGGGAUGCAAGGGGUGAAGGAUGCUGUGCUAUGAGGUGCAGUGUUGGGGCCCUUGUGGGAAGGCAGGGUUGGCAAAGCCAUAGCAGAGCUCCCACUUGGCCAGCAAGUUGCCAUUGCCCUAUUGCCCAUGGGCUGGGGGUUCUCAGGUCACUGUGUUUCAGAAAGCUGUCAGUGGUGGAUGCUAAGGAGGUAUUCUGACAUGCCAGAUAAGGGCUAGGGGCUGUAUGCUGGAGCAGCUCUGCUUGGCCCCAUCCAUCAGGGCCAUGUGCAAAUGCUGCCUGGGCUGCCAGUGCCUGGGGGAAACGUGCUCUGCUCGCAUCUGCUGCCUUUGGGGCAUCCCAUCCCUCAGGUCUACGACCCUGGGGUCUGCAGCAGCACCAGGUGCAAGGCUGCCUGUCCCCAGCACUCAGGGCUGUGUUCCCAUCACUGCUCCCAUCCUGGCUCCCAUGGGCCUCAUACCCCUGGGAACAACUGGCUGAGCUGCACAGAUCCCUGGGGUGCGUGGAAAGUGGUCCCUCGUGGCCAGGGGGCUCCAGCAGCGCCCGAUGCAAACGAGCCGGCUGCAUUCCGAAAGCGGUGCCAUGGGAAGGAAGAGAGGACGGGGCCGUACAGUGGGCGGCGGGAGCUGACUCAAGCAGCCAGUUCCUGGCCGUUUCCUUUUGCUCUGGGCCGCGGACGGGGCAGGUGGAGGCAGCUCGCUCCUCACCGUGCGCUUUGCUGAGCAGCCAUGGCCAAGGCGGAGUGGCUCCUCGCGCCGUGGCAGCGCGCAGCCACCUCUAACCUGGACUUGGAGAGCAAGAAAGCCGCCCCACCAAGCUGUCAUGGCAGCAGCCGGUGAACGUCUUCCUGGCUGCCGGCCGCCCGCCCGGCAUGGAGCAGCUGCACCAGGAGGCUCAGCUCAACCUGCAGAGCCUGCUGCAAGAGGAAUAUGAGGAGCAGUAUGCUGAGAGCAGAGUGACUGGGCAGACCUUCCGUGCCGCUGGCCACCCACCUCCCAGCACCCCUACGGAGCCCUCACCCCGGCCCCUGCCCUCCAAGCGCCUCGAGUUCGUGCUUAUGCCCCCGAGCCGGCGAGCCGAUGAGGAGGAGAGCAGCAGUGCCAGCACGCUGGGCGUGAGACCACCCGACAUCUCCCUGAGCCUCCCCACCACCCCCGACAAGCAGACGGCCUGGCCCAGGGCCUUCCCCCUGCCCACCGUGGAGGAGAAGCAGUGGCACCAGUCCUGCUCUGUGCAGACCAACGUGGUCCCCAUCAAUGUCUCGGGGCAGCACUUUGCUAGGCACGCGAGUGCUCGUCACUCCCUGUUUAACACAGAGACCGCGAUGAACCCCAAGUCCACCCUGCGGCGUAGACGGACCGUUAUCGGAUUCCCUAACAUGUCCCUGCGAGACCAAGGCAGCACCAACGGCCCCGCGCACACCACACACCCACCCAUCGCCGAGUCCCUGUCCUGCAGCUUUGAGACCACGGCUGGGAGGAAGCCUUCCCAGCAGACCAGCCCCCACCAGCCGCUCUCUGCCCCGCUGAGGAAGACCUUCAGUGACCUGGGGGGCACGCUGCAGGCACGCUGCUGCCCACCGCCAUCCUCCAUGGACAACGCGGCCACCCCCAGCACCUGCAACGGACCGCAGGGCUCCUCUUUUCCCCCACCCUGGGGUGCCAACUCCUUCGGAUACACCACCCCCCCCAGCCCUGCUGCCGGCCAGGAGGUCUCACCAGGCAGCUCUGCCAUGGGCUCACCCACCGGCACCGAGCGGGCCGCCUCCUUCUUCAUCGCCCAGGAGGAGCACGCGGGGAGUACUGGGCCCAGCUCCUUCUCCACCACGACGCCUGAGUCUCCUCCUGGCACCGGGGGCACCCGGAGGUGUGAUGGCCAAGAAGCCAGGGUGAACUUUUCACCCACAAACAAAGAGCCGGAGCCGGCACCGGAGCCAUCGCGCCUGGGGGUGGAGCGGGGAGGGUGCCGCUUCCGCGAGCGCUCGCUGUCGGUGCCCACCGACUCGGGGUCCCUCUGCUCCGUGGACAUUGCUUACGCCGAAGCCCGGCGGGGCAGCACCAACUGUGCCCUGGGCUACCCCAGCGCCGGCUCCGAGGGCAGCACCAGCACUGAUAACAUCUCGCUGGGGCCAGAGCUGGAUGGGCAGCGGCGGCGGCGCUCCAAGAGCAUCUCCCUCAAGAAGGCCAAGAAGAAGCCCUCGCCGCCCACCCGCAGUGUCUCACUGAUCAAGGACGGGCAGGACAGCCUGGCUGCCCUAGGGCUGCCUCAUGAUCAGAGACCCAAGAGCCUGUGCAUCCCGCUGGAACCUGCUGGGCACCGAGUGGUGCAUGCAGACCCCCAGGGCAGAGAGCCCGACAGCCCGGCUGCCCCCCACCAGUGGUACCUGGCAGACUGGAAGAAUGGUGAGCCCUACAGGUCCCUCUCUGGCUCCAGCACAGCCACAGGGACUACAGCCAUUGAGUGUGUGAAGGCGCGGGGCAGCUCCGAGUCCCUCAUGUCCCCCUCUAUCUCCAGGGCCACGACACCCUCCCAGCUCUCAGCAGAGGCUGACCUCAAAACCUCCUCCCCGGGCAGGCCCACAGGGCUGAUGUCCCCAUCCAGCGGGUACUCCAGCCAGUCAGAAACGCCCACACCCACCGUCCCCACCUCAGCCAUCCUCGGGCACUCACCACACCAGGUGCGGGUGAGGCCGCUGGUUCCCGAGAGGAAGUCCUCACUGCCCCCCACGUCCCCCAUGGAGCGGAGCCCCAAAUCCAGGCUGUCCUUCGAGCUGCCGCUCACACCGCCCGCCCACCUCGACCUCUCGGGGCUGAAGAUCUCCUUGAAGGGGAAGACGAAGGUCAGCCGGCACCACUCCGACUCCACCUUCGGCACCAAGCUGGUCCAGAAGACCAGUCCCAUCCAGCCCAUCAUGCCCGUGGUCACCCAGUCCGACCUGCGCUCUGUCCGUCUGCGCUCCAUCAGCCGCUCCGAGCCAGAGGACAACACUGACGGCCCAGAGCAUGCCGAGGAACUGCCACGUAUCCCCUGCCCGGGGCCGGAGAGGAAAGUGAAGCCGCCGGUAGCGGAGAAGCCACCGUUGGCCAAGCGGCCCCCAUGCAUCCUGCCUAAGCCCGUGGUUCUGCGGGAGGAGGGUCCCCUGUCCCCCACAUCCCCGCCGAGCAUCACCACCAAGGACAGCUUGAUGCUACGGAAAGGGGAUCCAUGGAGGGGCCCGGGGCAGCCUCGGCGGCUCUCGCAGGGCAGCCUGGAGGACAAGCCGCGGCCAGAGGCAGAGCGCAGGAAGGCCAAGGUGCCGCCGCCGGUGCCCAAGAAGCCCAGCGUGCUCUACCUGCCGCUCGCCCCAAUCCCGGUGCAGCAGGUGGGGGGUGUAGGGGACCCGGCACCCACCCCCAGCCCCAUCAUCACGCUGGAUGCAGAGCCCAGCUGCUGCCAACCUGACGCUGAUAGCCCAACGCCCACUGAGGUCCCAGGCACGGCGCAAGCUGGCGAGACCCCCUCGGAGCAAGGCAGUUCGUCUGAGGCUGGCACAGAGGAGAAGAGUUUCGCCAGCGACAAGACGGCCGACUCUAUCGCUGAGGAAGAUGACGAUGUCUUCAUGGCAUCCCGCACCACAGAGGAUCUCUUCACUGUCAUUCACAGGUCCAAGAGGAAGGUUCUGGGGCGGAAGGAGCCAGGCGACAGCUUUAGCAGCCGGCCCAAUUCCCACUCUCCUGUGAAGACGUCAGGCUCACCAACCAGCGAGUGCCCUGCAGCAGCAGUGAGCACCGGGAAGUCCUCCAGCAGGAAUGAAGAUUUUAAGGCUCUGCUCCAGAAGAAGAGCAGUAAAACCAGCAGCGGUUCCCGGCCAUCUGCAGCUGAACUGCUCAAGACCACAAACCCACUGGCUCGGAGGGUCAUGAUGGAGUUUGCCCCUGAGCUAGAUGGUGCAAACAGCCAGCCCUAAACCUGCACAGAGCCUUCUGGCCACAAAGGGCUCGGGUUGGUGCAGAUGGAGCCGUGCUGCGGGCAGUAGCUUUAGGCACUCAGGUCACUGCAGAAGGGAUGUCCCGGCUGCCCCACUGGGGCUUCUUUUGUGCUUUCAUUUCUUCCUUGGCGAAUCCUCUUUGGUUCCUCUCCAGUGGAAGAGCUGCUGGCAGAGAAGCAGCGUUGGGACCUGAGGCCCCCAUGUCCCUAGUGCGCUGCUGGCAGGAGGGGACAGGCAGACAUGCAGCACUAUAGUGGGGACUGGGACCUGGCACCUCCUGUGCCCGCUGGGAAAGCAGCUCCUGCUGCUUGGGAACACAGCAGGACUGCAGCUCCAGGCACCUUCCAGCACCCGCAACGAAGCUAGCUUGAAACUGUUUGGUCACUCGGCAUGUGGUACUUUAAACGGCUUUUUCUAAUGCA